ACUUAUAAUAAUUUGUCUCUUCAGAAAGAAGUCGAGUGAGAGCUUUCAUUCCUACCAAAUUUUGAGAUAUCAGGCGGUGGGCAGUCGGAACCGCCACUGAUACGUAGCGAAAAGGCACCGGAACAUAGUUAUCCCAGGCCCCGCGUUGGAUGGCACCGAGCCAAUGAUACAUAGGGUGCUUUGGCAAAUUUGGCACCGCUCGCACCUCCCGACCGCUUUGUGUGUCAAAUUGGUUCCAAGCUGCUGGUUUAACAUACUCACUAGAUGGAAAUGUCUGGUCCUUUGGAAACUGGCCUCCAGACAUUUACCAAGAAGGGGAGGCCCACGACAAGCUGCACCGAAUGCUCGCGUCGAAAACAGAAGUGUGAUCGGAAAAAGCCCUGUAACCAUUGUUCCGCUCGAAAUGUCGUCGACAGAUGUGUUUACACAAGACCCUUAUCUCUGCGAUCGGGGGAGUCGAGUGUCAUUCUAGAUGUGCGGGAAUCAGAGAUGCAUCAUAUUCAGAAUGGCGAGCCGGUCCAGAUGCUGCCUGAUUGGACGAACCAUAUUCAGCGGUCCAGUCAGCUUGGAUACUCAUCAGUUGCUGGAAGCAACUCCUUCGUGGAGCUGGGGCGGAUUUUCAACGAGGGAAAUGAAUUUGAGUCUAUGCAUGCCGCCUAUAAUCGGCACCCUCUGCCUCCAUCCCAACUGUGUCCUGAGGCUCUGUCGUUAAUUUCCCGUUUGCCCCCCAGGCAGAUUACCGACGAGAUUAUUGAGGCUUUUUUCUUGGAUGUCAACUGGCAUUAUUUUAUCGUGGAAAAAUUCUAUUUCAACGAUUUAUUUUCACGCUGGUACAACGCCGAAACAAGCCCGGUCACGUAUCUCAGCUCGGACGGUCUCGAGAGAGAGUUGAGAUACUUCCCCACACUGUUGUUUCAGAUCGUCGCGUUGUCGUUACAAUUCCUUCGCCCAGAUGCGGCAGCGUGGCGGUUCUUUGGAGGCGAGGCAAAUCUCUCGCAAAAGUAUAGCGACAUGGGCGUGGAGCUGUUGGAUCUAUUAGGCAGGCAAGACACGGCUCUGACUGCUGUCCAAGCAAAUCUCUUAAGAGCAUCUUGGCUGAAGAACCUCGGCCGGGGAAUUGAUGCUUGGCGGUCUUUGGGAGAAGCGAUCAGACUGUCUCAAGAACUUGGUCUCCAUCGACAACAGUGCUUUCAUCAGCCAAGCUCGGAUAAUGUUGAGAAUUCAUUGGACUCGUUCUGGUAUAACGAAUAUAAGAAGCGUGUGUGGAUUAAUUUAUAUACUUGGGACAGUCUCAUGGCUCUUGUCCUUGGUCGACCGAUGAUGAUCAACAACUGUGACUGUGACACUCAGCUUCCAAUUGAUUGCGAUAUACCAGAGCUUCCUUCAAGGACUGUGCCAAUGACACUCUCAGCCAAUCCGGACAAACAUCGUCCCACCUCUCUUUCAGCAUCCCUCGUCAGGUAUUGCAUAUCAGCUAAGGUUCACCUAAUACGCGAAUUAAAGCUCGACACCCCGUACCCCGUGGACUACUCGAUGGUUGGAACUUUACAUGAGCAGGUUUUGACGAUUUUAAAAGGUAUAAAACCGGCCCUUCGACAUCAAGAUCCCGACACGUCUUGUGAUUCGCAGUACCACUAUCUUCCUCAACAGCGUGAGGAACUCCUCACUGUCGUGUACACGUUCCUCAUGGCAUUACAUCGGCCUCAUAUCAGUUCACAUGCGCAAAGCCGAAGAGCUGUUUUACAGGCGGCAAUUGUUGUAUUGGACUCCCAACAACGGCUUUUCGAGCUAACGGAAUUACACCAUUAUAUGCUGUGUCAUCUUUCGUUCUAUACAGUGGACGCAGCUAUUCUACUCUCCGUAGUAACUUCACUAUACCCACAGCAAAGCUCCGAGGACACGAGUGAUAUCUACCGUGCGCUCCAACAGUCUAUUGCUAGAUUAUCUAUGAUAGCACCGGUGAAUCCCACAGCAAAAUCGGGCCUGGAUGUUAUUAAGCGGUGCUAUCAGAGGCUUCAAGAGCCACGUAGAUCCCUUUCCGCGGCUGAAGUGAUACCGGCGCAUCUACCUUCUACAGUAGGUCAGCUGCAAGAUACCUCGGAGGCUCCGGGCGACGAGCAAGGGAGCCAUGCGGAGUACCUGCAGUACGAAUCAUAUCCUUUUCCCGUGGAGCUUCCCCAGAACUUCUCAACAACACAUGGAGUUGCACCGACACACUACUUCGACCAAUCAUACUGGCUCCGCCAAGUAAAUAGCAUCUACUCUACUGCUGCUCACGUUUCAGAUCUUUGACCCAAUGUUGGGGCCUCAUGGAGACUGAGCCAUGAUUACAAAGCUUAACAUAGCUGCGUCAGCGUUGGUAAGUGGAAUAGCACACAAC